UUUUUUCCCCUCCAAGUUCACAGAUGCCCUUGAAUCCAUCUGUGGACUACAGGUUAAAAACCCCUGCUCUAAACUUUCCUACCCCUGUACCUAGCCAAAUGUCUUUUAAAAACUGGGAUUGUACCCGUCUCUGCUCGUUCCUCUGGCAGCUCAUGCCACUUACCCAGCACCCUGUGUGUGUGGCAAAACUUGCCCCUCUGGUCCUGAUUAAAGAGUACCCCUCACACCUCAAUGCAGUGUCCUCUAUGGUGUUUUGGUAUUUGUUUAUUAUCACGUAAGACCAUAAUACAUAGGAGCAGAAUUAGGCCAUUUGGCCCAUCGAGUCUGCUAUGCCAUUUCAUCGUGGCUGAUCCAUUUUCCCUCUCAGCCCCAAUUUCCUGCUUUGUCCUGUAUCCCUUCAUGCCCUGACUAAUCAAGAAUUUAUCAACCUCUGGCUUAAAUAUGCCCAAUGACUUGGCCUCCACAGCCGCCUGUGGCAACAAAUUCCACAGGUUUCCUACUCUCCAGCUAAAGAAAUCCCUCUUCAUCUCUGUUCUAAAAGGACGCCCCUCAAUUCUGAGGCUGGUCCUCUGGUCUUAGGUUCCCCCACAGUAGGAAACAUCUUUUCCGCAUCCACUAUCGUGUAAUGUGUAUGGUGAAAAGUUUGUCUUGUGACUGUUUAUAAAGAUCAGAUCAUUGGGGUAGAGUGCUAGAGGGUUAAUUGGUCACAAGUGUAAUUAGGUGGUGUGGGCUUUUUGGUCUAGAAGGACCUGUUACCUUGCUGUAUCUUGAAAUAUAUAAAAUAAAUAACAAUACAGAAUAAAAUAUAAAAGCUACUGAGAAACAACAGUGCUAAUAAACGAUUAAAUGCAAGAUCAUAAUGAGGUAGAUUAGGAGGCAAAAAGUCCCUCUAGCCCUCAAGGGAUCUGUUCAAGAAACUGAUACGUGCCUGGUCAUGUGUGUUUUCAGACUUCCGUCUCUUCUCCCCAGUGGGAGAGGGACCUCUUUUGGGGCAGGUGUGACCUGUACAAAAAAGGACAGGUUACACUUGAAUCCUAGGGGGACCAAUAUCCUGGCGGGAAGGCUUAAUGGAGCUGUUAGGGAGGGUUUAACCUAAUUUGGUAGGAGGAUGGGAACCCGAAUGAUGGAGCGGAGGAGAGGGAAAACAGAAAUAGAUCUAAGGUAGUGAGCAGUAAAGAUGUCAGGAAGGACAGGCAGGUGAUGGAGCAAAUUUGCAGCCAUUGGGAUGAGUUAAAGUGCAAUAAAGUUGCAGGCAAUCAAUGCAAACAGUACCAAAUACUGGACUUAAGGUGCUGUACUGAAAUGCAUGCAGCAUAAGGAAUAAGUUGAAUGAUCUUGUUGUACAGUUACAGAUUGGCAAGUAUGAUAUUGUGGCCAUCACUGAGACAUGGCUAAAGGAUGCAUGUCUCUGGGAGCUAAACGUCCAAGGAUACAUGGUGUAUCGGAAGGUUAAGCAGGGCCUCGGGAAGCGAUGAAUCGCGACACACUCUCCCUCCUGCUGAACUUCGUGGCGGUGAGCCUAUCAGCCACCGCUCUCAUCACCACCUACUGGUGCGUGGGCACGCAGAAGGUGCCGAAGCCCACUUGCACGCCGGCCAGGACGACGGACUGCACCCUCAGCCCCAGCGCCGACACCAACAGCAGCUUCGGUGACAGCGAGUACAGCUGGGAGACGGGUGACGACCGCUUCACCUUCCGGGCCUUCCACACCGGUAUCUGGACCUCCUGUCAGGAGAACAUCACUGGCACAGGGGAGCAGUGCCGGAGUUUCAUUGACUUGACUCCCAUCACACAGCAAGGUAUACUGUGGCUCUCGCUGGUUUCCGAAGUUCUCUACAUUGUUUUGCUGUCCGUUAGUUUCCUGUUGAUGGGCUUGGAGAUGUGCUUCCCUCGAAAUUCCAACUGCGGGCUCAAGCUCAAUGCAUUUGCAGCCGUCUUCUCGGUGCUGUCAGGCCUGCUGGGGAUGAUAGCCCACAUGAUGUACACACAGGUUUUCCAAGUGACAGCCAGCCAAGGGCCGAAGGACUGGAUACCCCAUCGCUGGGACUUCGGCUGGUCCUUCUACUUGGCCUGGCUCUCCUUCACCUUCUGCAUGGCGUCCUCAGUCACGGCUCUGAACAUUUAUACCAAGACGGCCCUCGAGUUCCAUCAGUCGCAGAAGAUCUCCAAGCAGAGGCUGAAACAGCGACCCGGGGGGCUGAGCUAUUUCUCCAGCCGUUCCAACCAGUCCGCCUCCAGCUCCGCUGACAUUUUCUCUAACCUGGCUCCCGGUCUCCUGGUAAGGGCCGGGUCAGUGGACGAGCCCGACUCCGCAGAGUCCCUGGGGGACGAGCACUGCUAACCCCGCCCAAUGGACUGAAUGGUCUGUUGCAUGCAGUUUGAUGGCUUCAAAGGGCAGCAGAAACCAAUCACAAAACUGAGUCACUAGAAGUAGCCUGGGCCACGGGCAGUAGGCACAGUGCUUUAUGUCAAUUUCAGGCCAGUCAGAUUUAGAGAGACUUGGUUAAAGCCUGAGCUGCAAGCUGGUGUAAGGAAUUGUGAGGGACACACACAAGACGCUGGAGGAACUCAUCAGGUCAGGUACGGAGGGGAAUAAACUGUCGACAAAUCGUCUCUUCAGAGAGACCCCCUGUCACUGCUCCCUCUGUGAUUUCUGCUGCCCUCCGACUCCUGAAGAUCCCUUCUUCAGCCCUUUGUCUCUUCACCUAUACCCUCACCUACCACCUCCCAGCUCAUACUCUUUCCCCUCCCUUCACCCUUCUUAAUCUGGGGAAGGGUCUUGGCCCGAAAUGUCAACUGUUAAUGUUGCCUGAUCUCCAGUAUUUUGUAUGUGAGGCUGGGUGGGAGAGGUUGUUUGGGAAGGGGGCUUCAGGAAGAGGGAAACCCACAACAGUGGAAUUUUACUGACCCCUCUGCCUUUUCUGGUAGCUCAGUACUUUCAUGUGAACCAGAGAGCAGAGACCCCUACCUUCCUGAGAUCUGGUCGACCUGCAGCAGACAAGCUUGGCCCGGAGAAGUAUUCCCACUGCUAUGUCUGUGUCCCCUCCCAGGUGACACCCCCAGUACUGAAGCCGUGGUUCUCCUCCAUUAGCCAUGCCUGACACUAGACGCCCAAAGCUGAUACUCAGUUCCAGUCUCUGCCACAAAAAGAGAUUUCCGGGUAACGGUGGGGAAGGUCCAAAGAUGUUCUCAAAGCCCAUGUGAGGAAAAACAUCCUUAAUGACUCCUUGAAAUCUCUGGCCCUCGGUUACUCAAAGUGGAGGAGGAGCCUUAGGGAAGAUAUUGAGACCCUUAAGGCUGUACCUCAAAAGCAGAAGGAACAUAUUAUCUCACAAGCUACCUAUCCACCAGCCUGCCUGUGGAAGGGUCUAGGUGUCCCAGGCUGGUCUCAUCAGUUAGCCAAGAACCCACUAAACUUGCAUGGACAGGGAAUUACCAGUCCUAAGGGUUGCCUGAGAAAUGUGAUGAUGAAACUCAAUCAAGAGUCAACACUGGGAUCCAGACGGUGAAACUCUGUGAAUAAAGGAUUCAUAAAUAACCAGACUGUCUGUGUGGGAAAGGUAGUGGGGCAAGGGGUAGACAGUGCCUGAGAGAGCCUUGGAAAUGAGAGCGUAAAGGAGAACAGGCGGCUGAGAGGUAAUGUAAAUACAAAGUACACUGCAGAUGCUGUGGUCAAAUCAACAGGUACAAACAUGCUGGAGGAACUCAGCAAGACUUCGUCAGGACCCUUCGUGAGUCCUGACGAAGGGUCUCGGCCCGAAACGUUGACUGCUCAUUUCCACGGAUGCUGCCCGACCUGCUGAGUUCCUCCAGUGUGUUUGUACGUGUUGAGAGGUGAUGUUACAGCUAUAUAGGGCCCUGGUCUGACCCCACUUGGAGUACAGUUCUGGUCACCUCACUACAGGAAGGAUGUGGAAACUAUAGAAAGGGUGCAGAGGAGAUUUAUGAGGAUGUUGCCUGGAUUGGCAAGCAUGCCUUAUGAGAGUAGGUUGAGUGAACUUGGCCUUUUCUCCAUGGAGUGAUGGAAGGUGAGAGGUGACCUGAUAGAGGUGUACAAGGCAUUGAUCGUGUGGAUAGUCAGAGGUUUUUUCCCAGGGCUGAAAUGGCUAACAUGAGAGGACACAGUUUUAAGGUGCUUGGAAGUAGAUACAGAGGAGAAGUCAGGGGCAAGUUUUUUUUAAACGCAGAGAGUGGUGAGUGCAUGGAAUGGGUUGCUAGCGACGGUGGUGGAGGUGGAUACGAUAGGGUCUUUUAAGAGACUCCUGGAUAGGUACAUGGAACUUAGAAAACUAGAGGGCUAUGGGUAACCCGAGGUAAUUUGUAAAAUACGUACAUGUUUGGCACAGCAUUGUGGGCUGAAGGGCCAGUAUUGUGCUGUAGGUUUUCUAUGUUUCUAUGCUUUGACAGGAUACAGUUGUUGCAGACAAGUCCAGUUUUGGUAGCCCAUCCCUAAUUGUUUAUGAGAUGAUGUUUGAGUUUUGGGUUAUCAAGUGGAGUCACUCCCCGUAUGAUACCUCACUCCUGAGCUGCUUUUGCAGCCAGGGUAUUUAAGUGGCCGCUCAACUCAGGAUUUAUUCAAUGGUUAAUGCCAUUUAAUGUGAAGGGUAGGUGGUCAUCGCUGGGCAAGUUUACCCACCACUCGUCAUCCCAUGUCCAAACGUUCCCUGCCGCUGCAAGGAUGGGUUGCUUCAUUUGCCGAGCUGUGCGUGUCAUUGAACGUAUUGCCACCAUGACCAUUUCCAUUUCUGAUACGACGGAAGGAAGGUCAAUGAUGAGGCAACUCAAAGGUGGCUGGGCCCAGGACACUGGCCGGGCCAGCUGCUGCACUGAGGGUGGGGCUAGAACGAUGGACUUCCAACACGCACAGCCGGCUCCCAACGAUCGAGGUAAGGCUCCACCAUUGCAGUGUUUCCUCUUCACUGAAAUGGGUUUGACCAAGGCUUCAGUCUGCGACACUGGCAGGUUCAAAAGGAAACCAGACGAUCCUCUCCGCUGUCCAGUCUGGUGGAGGGAGAGAGGGGG